AUGCUAGAAGAUGAAAAACGCGUUUUGAGUGCUGUAAACAGAGAUGAUCCAAGUGCCGCUGUAUUUCGAGAAGAUUGGAAUACUAAGAGAGAACGUAUUCGUAAGGCAUCUCCUUUUGGUAAUCAUCCUAACUGGCGUCUUUUUUCUGUUAUUGUUAAAACAGGAGCAGAUUUGAGACAAGAACAAUUAGCAUGUCAGUUAAUCAAGGAAAUGGAAAGAAUAUGGCAAAAAGACCAUGUUAAUGUGUGGGUUAAAUAUUAUCGAGUUUUAGUUACUUCUGAUCAUUCUGGUUUAAUUGAAACAAUACAAAAUUCCAUUUCAAUCCAUUCAAUUAAAAAAGAUGCUUAUGCUAAAAGAUUAAACGAAAAAGGAUUUGUAUUCACACUAUUUGAUUAUUUUGUCAAGACAUAUGGAGAUGUGACCUCUGAAGCUUUUUUGCGUGCUCAAGAUAAUUUUAUGAGAAGUUUGGCCGCAUAUUCUUUAGUGAGUUAUAUUUUACAAGUAAAAGAUCGCCAUAAUGGUAAUAUUCUUGUGGAUACUGAAGGUCAUUUAAUAUACAUUGAUUUUGGAUUUAUGCUUUCAAAUUCACCUGGUUCUGUUGGAUUUGAAUUGGCACCAUUUAAGUUGUCUCAGGAAUAUUUAGAUAUUUUGGGUGGUUUAAACAGUGAAAAGUUUUUAGAAUUUAAGUCAUUAUUAAAACAAGCAUUUAAUGUGUUAAGAAAGCAUGCUGAUAACAUUGUCUCGUUGGUUGAAAUGACGUCUAAAGAUUCGAAACUUCCAUGUUUUCUCUCCGGGGAAGCAACUUCUUCUCAUCUUAAAGAUCGAUUUCAAUUAACACUUACUCAACCGCAAUUUGACGAUUUUGUUGAAAAGUUGAUUAUGUCAAGUUGUUGUAAUGUAUUUACACGAUUAUAUGACACUUUUCAAUACUAUUCUAAUGGAAUCUUAUAA